CAUUGGAAGGUCAUAAUUUGUUUAUGUGAAAUUUAUUAAAAAAGUAACUUAUUAAAAAGAAACAAUGCGAAGUAGAAGUAACUCGGGUGUUCGUUUAGAUUUAAUACAUCGAAUCGUUCAUAAAACGAUUAUUUCGUAUCAAAAUCCUGUAACAGGAUUGUUUCCGGCAAGCCACGAGAAUCCCCAUGCUUGGAUUAGGGACAAUGUCUAUUCAAUUUUGGGCGUGUGGGGCUUAUCGAUGGCUUAUAAAAAAAUGGCUGAUCAAGAUGAAGAUCGAGCGAAAACUUAUGAAUUGGAACAAAGUUGUGUGAAAUUAAUGAGGGGGCUUUUAAUGGCAAUGAUGCAACAAAAGGAUAAGGUAGAAAAGUUUAAAAUUACCCAAAAUCCUUUAGAUUCGCUCCACGCAAAAUAUUCCUCAUAUAAUGGUCAAACGGUUGUUGGAGAUACCGAAUGGGGCCACCUACAAAUUGAUGCCGUAGCUUUGUAUUUAUUAAUAUUAGCUCAAAUGACCGCAUCUGGUUUACAAAUAGUUUUUAAUUUAGAUGAAGUGUGUUUUAUUCAAAAUUUAGUAUUUUAUAUUGAAUGUGCUUAUUGUACACCUGAUUAUGGUAUAUGGGAAAGAGGUGAUAAAAGUAAUCAUGGAUUACCAGAAUUAAAUGCAAGCUCUAUUGGGAUGGCAAAAGCUGCUUUAGAAGCUUUAAACGAAUUAGAUUUAUUUGGUGCUAGAGGUGGACCUUACAGUGUUAUUCAUAUCUUAGCAGAUGAAGCUCAAAAAUGUCAAGCAGUUUUACAAUCCAUGCUUCCAAGAGAAUCAAGUUCAAAAGAAGUAGAUAGUGGGAUUCUUUCUGUUAUUACUUUUCCUGCUUUUGCCGUUGAAGACCCUGAAUUAAUACAAUUUACUAGAGACACAAUUGUGAGAAAAUUACAGGGGAGAUAUGGAUGUAAAAGGUUUCUUAGAGAUGGUUAUAAAACAGCUAGAGAAGAUUCUAAUCGUUUAUAUUAUGAACCAUGGGAAUUAAGAAUGUUUGAACACAUUGAGUGUGAAUGGCCUUUAUUUUUUUGCUACUUAGUUAUUGAUUAUAUAUUUCAAGGGAAUAAAGAAGCAGCUGUUGAAUAUACAGAAAGACUUGAAGAGAUUAUGAUUCGUACUGAUGAUGGCAUGAAACUUAUUCCUGAGCUUUACGCCGUCCCAUCUGAAUUUGUUGAUGCUGAAUAUAGAGAACCUGGAACUCAGGAUCGAAUUCCAUUAGGUCAUUGUCCAUUUUUAUGGGGGCAAUCGCUAUAUAUCCUUGGAAAACUGUUAGAAGAAGGAUUUUUAGCAACUGGGGAAUUAGAUCCUCUCAAUAGAAGAUUAUGUUUUGAAAAAAAACCUGAUGUGGUAGUCCAAAUAGUGAUUUUAGCUGAAGAUAACGCGAUUAGAGAUAAAUUAGCUGAGCAUGAUAUUGUAGUUCAAACAAUAGCGGAUGUUUCGCCAGUUGAGGUUCAACCAGCGCGGGUUUUAUCGCAUCUUUACACUUAUUUAGGUCGUAAUAAAAAGUUGGGAUUAUCUGGGAGAAAAUCUAGAGAUGUUGGAAUCUUAAGUACUAGUAAAUUGUAUACAAUGGGCGAUAGAAUUUUUGCUUUUACACCACAGUUUACUGAUAUGUCCAGAAAUUAUAUAGCAACCGAUUACGAAUUAAUGAUUGAUAUUUGCAAGAGUGAAAUUAAUUUUUUAAAAUCUAGCUGGCAAAACAUGUUGGGUCGACCAAUCGUAAUUCUCACCAUUAAAAGCGUUCAAUUAGAAUUUUGAUGCAGAUCGCUAUUACACAAGUUUUGAUACUUCUCUUCUUUGUGAUAUGCUCAAUUCUAAAUUAACAUUCUUGGCGAUGAA